CUGAAACAAGUUACAAGUCAGUCUAUCGUGAUUUUAUUGCAGAGUCCACGAACGGAUUUAUGCGAUACUUGUCAACAUUUUCAGAAUGGCUUACAGUAUCCGGUGAAAAAAGUUCUAACCGGGUUACUCACUCGUGUGAUCCGGUUAAACCGGUCAAUACCGUGGCGCAGCAUGUUUGA